UGGUUAGAGGUUAUUGUGGGAACUCAAAAGUGAAAAUGGCAUGAGAAUGGACGAUUCCUACCAGCAGCGGUUAAAAACUGAUUUCUCCGCUCUUGGAGUGGGAAAAUCAGCAGCAUUUGGCAAUGACUUGAUGCAUGCAACAGAAGAUGAGGAUGAUUUUGAUUUGAUGAAUGAUGAAACUUUCGGUGGAGAUAUUGAGGAUGUUGGAUUUGACUGGGAGGAGCAAACAGAGAAAUUUGCUGGGGAGUUGGAAGGCACCAUCCAAUCCCAUUCCAACCUUCCGAACAAAACCAGGGACUCGGGAUAUGAUACAGUCGAGAAAAGCUAUCAGACCCGCGAGGAAUACCUGGAGCACAACCUAAGUCAACUUGUUGUGGACGAUGAAGAUGACAUUGAUGACCCGGCAAUCCUCAAUGCCAGCAAGAGUCAACCCAUACCACACAAGAAACAUCAGAACUUGGAUGAGAUCUUUGGUCCAGCUUCCCCUCCGGGAUAUCUAGAUACAGAACAUUUGGUUUCGCCGUCUAGUAAAAACAUUUGGGGCUCGCCUGUGAAGGAUACGAACAUGCCAUCCACCAUCAAUAACUUGCAGUCUCUAUUCGACUUCGCAGCCAAGGCUGCGACCCACGGCACUCCCAGACAGGAAUCGCCUGUAAUGUCAACACCUGACCGACAGCCGAUACCAGUAACACAGAGGAUGUCAGGAGGGCGCAGUGCUACCCUGGAGGAGAUCGAACACCAGAUGAUGUCACAGUCACGCUCAGUAAAGAAGCCGAUGACGGCAGAGGAGCUGGAGCGGGAAAUGCGUGGAGAGGCCAUGGACCAGCAGGUGCCCCAGAUGCCCAUUCACCACCCUCGAAGCCCCUAUUCCGUACCCCAUAACAUGCCUCCCCCAUUACCGGGCUCUCCUGCCUACGUAGGGUCUCCAGCUGGCCAGGGACCUCCAAGGUUCUAUCAGGCACAGAGGGUGCCGCCAGGAUUCAGCCCGAUACAAGCACAGCAUUUGUUGGAAGGUAGGCGGUCUCCAAUGAUGGGUGCCACACCUCCAGCAAUAGGGUCACCUGGGGUCAUGGGUCAACAUCGAGGGUCACCUCAGAUAGGAGGAGUUUCAGGUAUUUCUCCCAUAACAAGGUUGACCCCAUCACCUCCCCCGGGGGCAGGGAUACCCAACCUUUUUCAAUCACCAAUUCCAACGCGAAUGAUGUCCCCAUAUGCACGAGGUGCCGUUAUGGGCCCUAUGGGUAACAGAAUGCCUUCUCAACCAAUUGGUAUCCCACGACAACAGCUGCAGCAGCGUCCACCAGCCAAUCAGAGUCCUUAUAACAACAGCCCUGGUGGCCACUUCCCUCCAGGAUCUUCACCUGGAGGACCGUAUCACAGUCCAGGGCCUAACCACAGUCCUGCUGGUCCAGGCCCAAGGGGACCCUACCCUACACUUCCUCCAGGAGAGAGAGGACCGCAUCCACAGGGUGAUCGGUACACCCCACAUGGUGAUCGCUACACUCCACAUGGUGAUCGGUACACGCCCCAGGGUGAUCGCUACACGCCCCAGGGGGAUCGGUACACACCCCAGGGUGAUCGUUACAACCACCAGGGUGAUCGGUACACCCCGCAGGGAGAUAGGGGUCGGGACAGAGGCUACACCCCGAGAGGCGAUAGGUACACCCCACAAGGAGAGCGGUACCACCGGGGGAGAGGGAUUCAUCGUGGAUACCUUAACAACAAUAAUAGAAAUUAUCGGGAAAACAGGUAUGACCAUGACUACGACAACCGAGACAGAAACAACUACGAACAACGUAACAAUUACGACCAUCAUAACAACCAUCGACGUUACUACUCCUACCAGAACGACCAGGAGAACCGACCAUCCGACGAGUACGCUGGUCUGAUGACGAAGAAGGAGAAAGACUGGAUUAUAAAAAUUCAACUGAUGCAACUACAGACCGAUAAUCCUUAUCUUGAUGACUUCUACUACACAACUUACAUGUUGAAGAAGAAGAUGUUAGAGCGUCAGAAGAUGACACAGAAUGGCAUUAGCAACAAAGAAGACGAUCCAAAACUCAUCAUCCCCUCCCUCGGCAAGUUGGAGACUCGUGCCUACAAACCAGCCCAGUUUGAAGGCUCUCUGGGUCGUCUUACGACAUCAAGUGUUCACAAUCCUCGACAGAUCAUUGAUGUGAGGUCACAUGUUCAAAACUUAGACGAAUCAGAUGGCAAAAAUACUAGUAAGGAGUUGCGUAGAUCUCGACAGCUGCUCAUGGAGAUAGAAAAGGGGUAUGACUUACUGCUGGAGGUUGACGACAUAGAGAAGAGGAUAUUAGCAUUACCAGAGGAAUCAAGGGUUCCACUGGCCACCGAAAGAUUAGAACUGCUGCAUAGCCUUCAUACUUAUCUUACUCACGAAAACAGCUCCGAGCACUUCCUUUCUGUGAUGUCAUUGAGGAAAGGGAGAAAACUUGUGGCUCGAGUAAUUCCCUUACUGGAUAAGGAUUUAUCAGAAAGUCUGAUUACAUUUAUCCUGAGAAAUCUCCAGGCUCUUAUCAAGAGAGAUCAGAAGGAGGAGGGAUUGAUGGUUCUACAUAACCCGGUCACACAAGUACUCGACACCUGUGACCUUGACUCCCUGGUGAAGUUCUCCAGGGAGCUUCAGCUCGAGUCCACUAGUAACCAGUCAAAAUCGGUAGCUGUUGCCAUACAAAACAAAUUUGGCAGUUCUGUGAUCAGCAGUCUUCUACACAGAGGCGAGACUCUCUACAUUAAAACGUCUCCUCUCGACCUCGACAACCAGCUACAGAGUAUAUGGUGCCAGUUUGUCCACGACUUUGCUGGGAUAUUGGCUGUGGUCCCAGCGGAGUCUCUGGUACACCCAAUGUACCAUCAUACGAGCAUUAACGAUCACUUCGACCGUCUACUCAACAAGAAACUCAUCGCUGUUGUGGAAGACAAAGUGAAACUAUUUACACAACCUCCGAAGUAGUUGGGGGUCAAUUAGUAUUUUCAGAAUAUCAGAAUGUUAUGACAAUAUUUGUCUCCGUUCUCCAUUGAUUUGCCUUUUGUUACCAAUGUGUGUGAGGAAUUUAUACUGAAUUUAAUAGAACUAAGAUUUGAGUACAUACUACUAUUAACACAGUGUGUGUGUGGUUCUGUUUAGUGUACACAGAAUACAAAGUCUAGUAAUGUGACGUGUGUUUCUGUAUGACAUACACAACUAGUCAUGUGACGUGUGAUUCUGUAUGACAUACACAACUAGUAAUGUGACAUGUGUUUCUGUAUGACAUACACAACUAGUCAUGUGACGUGUGAUUCUGUAUGACAUACACAACUAGUCAUGUGACGUGUGAUUCUGUAUGACAUACACAACUAGUCAUGUGACGUGUGAUUCUGUAUGACAUACAUAACACACAACUAAUCAUGUGACGUGUGAUUCUGUAUGACAUACAUAACACACAACUAGUAAUGUGACGUGUGAUUCUGUAUGACAUACAUAACACACAACUAGUAAUGUGACGUGUGAUUCUGUAUGACAUACACAACUAGUCAUGUGACGUGUGAUUCUGUAUGACAUACACAACUAGUAAUGUGACAUGUGUUUCUGUAUGACAUACACAACUAGUAAUGUGACGUGUGAUUCUGUAUGACAUGCACAACUAGUCAUGUGACGUGUGAUUCUGUAUGACAUACAUAACACACAACUAGUAAUGUGACGUGUGAUUCUGUAUGACAUACACAACUAGUAAUGUGACGUGUGAUUCUGUAUGACAUACACAAGUAAUGUGACAUGUGAUUCUGUAUGACAUACAUAACACACAACUAAUCAUGUGACGUGUGAUUCUGUAUGACAUACAUAACACACAACUAGUAAUGUGACGUGCGAUUCUGUAUGACAUACACAAGUAAUGUGACAUGUGAUUAUGUAUGACAUACAUAACACACAACUAAUCAUGUGACGUGAUUCUGUAUGACAUACACAACACACAACUAAUAUGAUGUGUGAUUCUGUAUGACAUACACAACUAGUAAUGUGACGUGUGAUUCUGUAUGACAUACACAACUAGUCAUGUGACGUGAUUCUGUAUGACAUACACAACUAGUAAUGUGACGUGUGAUUCUGUAUGACAUACACAACUAGUAAUGUGACGUGUGAUUCUGUAUGACAUACACAAGUAAUGUGACAUGUGAUUCUGUAUGACAUACACAACUAGUAAUGUGACGUGUGAUUCUGUAUGACAUACACAACACACUACUAGUAAUGUGACAUGUGAUUCUGUAUGACAUACAUAACACACAACUAGUAAUAUGACGUGUGAUUCUGUAUGACAUACACAACUAGUCAUGUGACGUGAUUCUGUAUGACAUACACAACUAGUAAUGUGACGUGUGAUUCUGUAUGACAUACACAACUAGUAAUGUGACGUGUGAUUCUGUAUGACAUGCACAACACACUACUAGUAAUGUGACAUGUGAUUCUGUAUGACAUACAACUAGUAAUGUGACGUGUGAUUCUGUAUGACAUACACAACACACUACUAGUAAUGUGACAUGUGAUUCUGUAUGACAUACACAACACACAACUAAUCAUGUGACGUGUGAUUCUGUAUGACAUACACAACUAGUCAUGUGACGUGUGAUUCUGUAUGACAUACACAACUAGUAAUGUGACGUGUGAUUCUGUAUGACAUACACAACUAGUCAUGUGACGUGUGAUUCUGUAUGACACACAACUAGUAAUGUGACGUGUGUUUCUGUAUGACAUACACAACUAGUAAUGUGGCGUGUGUUUCUGUAUGACAUACACAACACACAAUUAGUGAUGUGACAUGUGAUUCUGUAUGACAUACACAACACACAAUUAGUGAUGUGACAUGUGAUUCUGUAUGACAUACACAACUAGUAAUGUGACGUGUGAUUCUGUAUGACAUACAUAACACACAACUAGUAAUAUGACGUGUGUUUCUGUAUGACAUACAUAACACACAACUAAUCAUGUGACGUGUGAUUCUGUAUGACAUACAUAACACACAACUAAUCAUGUGAUGUGUGAUUCUGUAUGACAUACAUAACACACAACUAGUAAUGUGACGUGUGAUUCUGUAUGACAUACACAACUAGUCAUGUGACGUGUGUUUCUGUAUGACAUACAUAACACACAACUAAUCAUGUGACGUGUGAUUCUGUAUGACAUACAUAACACACAACUAAUCAUGUGAUGUGUGAUUCUGUUUGACAUACACAACACACAACUAGUAAUGUCACGUAUGUGUUUCUGUAUGAUGUGCACACAUUACUGCUAAUGCAGUGUGUGCCUAGUUCCAUACGAUGUUUACAGUAUUUUGUGGUAUGUAUUUAUAAAUGGUGCAGGCAAGACUAUGCACAGUGUUUGUGGUACAAAAUGGUAUUCAUAUGUGAUAGACUUUGUGAUUUUAGGGUGAGUGAACAACUGGGUGUUAUGUACAUGCUGACCUGUGAAUAUUUGUUAACCCACGUUACUCAAAAAAUUAUUUUCAAAGCUUUCAUAUCAAAUCAUUCAGUAUAGUUAAAUGUAGAUACAUUUAUAUAUCUCUCAAAUGUUUUGAAAGAAAAUGAAAAUAGGAGAGUGGUGAUGUCGUAAGCUAUUUUGUAUCAUCUCGAUCAAACUGGGUUUUGCUGUAGAAACAGUGACACCAGUCAAAAUUUGAUUUACAAUACACUUUUCUUGGAUUUUUUUUCUUGAAAUUGUCAGUCUGCAAUGCAUUUUUAAUAUUGAUCUGGGAAGAAAUUCUGGCCAUUUUGACACUGCCAUAUCAUUGCACAGGUUGAACUGACAUCGUAUUUUACAGGACUUUAUAAUUAAUGUAACUGUUCUGUUGGCCAUAUUUGGUCAUAUCGAUACCACUUGUGAAAUCAUUUUUAUGUAAUCUUAAUUGAAGUUUAAUUGUUCAUUCAGUUACAAGUGUUUGACUCUCAGUAUUUGAAUUUACAUUAAAUGUAUAUAAUAUUUCACUGUGAAGCAAAGUUUUCUCCUAAAAGUCAAGUAAAAUUGUCACAAAAUCAUUGAUAUUAUUUGUAAUUGUAUUGAUAAUAAUGUAUUUGAUUAACUAGAAUAGCCCUAGACUAAAUUCUGACAUCAGAGGUCACUUAAAGAAAUAUUUCUCUUCUUAGAAAGUAAGAUUUUAGCAAAAUGAUGAUUUCAAUUUAUACUGAUGUAAAACCAUAUUUGAUAUGGCAUUGGAAAAUGGACUUAGCAGGGCACAUCUAUCACUUUAUAGAAAUGAUGUUUAUACUGUAUUAUGAAAGACGCAUAAACCAUGGUUACCAGAUCAGGAGUGAUUGACAUAUAAAAUCACGUUGAUGUCGUUAUGAGGUUAUUAAUAGAUUAGUAUUCAUCAUCUCGUGUGAUUUAGUAUUAAUUCAUAACUUGUUCCUAUAGCCCUGCGAUGUUUGUUUGAGUCAUACGAGGCCUAGCCAUUAUUUCAUUGACUGAAAAUAUAUUUGAUGCAUCUUAAUUCAUGUAAUUACAUCACUCUUGUCUAACUGUUUUUUCACUUUUUGCUCACAAAUUAAGAAUCACUUAAAGCUGUAUGCUACAUAUCAGUGAUUUUACCUUCUUUCCUAAAGAACCAGUUAAAAGACUUUUACGAUAAGAAGUUUUGUUCAUUGAUAACCGUUUACAAGAGGUCAAGACAGUUCCAUGAAGAACAAUUCGGUAUUUUUUAUUAUUUAGAUCUGCAAUUUUUUUAUUAGGAAGGGGAGAUCACUCAUCAUGUUAAAUUAUGUAAAUGUUUGAAAGUUGAAUUUGUAGUCAAAAGUAGAUGAUUGCUCCUUAAUUAUAGAUGUUUUUGUCCAAAUGACUUUUGUAAAGGUUUGAAUUGUUACAUUGUAUAUUAACCCUUUCACCCCUACUGAUCAUAUUGGACUUCAACUUAUGAAAGAAUGGCAGAGUCCACUAAAGUUUCUUAGGGUUGAAAGGGUUAAGAUUGCACUCAUUUAUCUUUAUGCAUUUAAUUUCCCCCAUAAUAACCACAUGUCGGAGAUAUAGUAUUAUACUAUACAGUUUUGUCAGUUUGAAUCAAACUAGAAUCGGACAACAUCAUCUCGGGUUAAAACUAGUCCAGUGUUUCUGGUCUAUAUUUGUCUGGGUAUAUUUUUUUUUUCAAUCGUAUAAUUUAUGUUUCAUAAAGAGUUGAUGUUAACACACAUUUGGAUCAAGUGUUGAGUUACACAUUGUUGAUGCAGUUUACUUAGAUAUUUUGAAAUGUGCUGCUAUAAUUGAAAUAUUUCUUUUCCAUGUUGGAAAGAUAUUUUGAAAUGUGCUGCUAUAAUUGAAAUCUUUCUUUUCCAUGUUGGAAAGUCCAACAGUUUCAUUGUUCCUCAGCUAAAUUGGCAGGGCAGAUAGAGUAGUAUGUAGUGCUAUUGUUUUGGUAAAUGUUGAGUAGAAAGGAUGAUAGAGAGCAGAUCCUGGUGUCUCGAUUUGUUAUAAAAUGAAACAAUCUGACUAGAAAAAUGUUUGGUUGGUUGGUGAAUUAUUUGUUUAAUUUUUGGUUCAUUUGGGCAUUUAUCCUUUAUAAAUGUGAAUUUUAUAUAAAAGGAAAGUUUUACUUUAAGUAGUGAUGGUUUUUUUGGACAUGGGUAAGAUUAUGAAUAUAUGAAUAUUCAGCACUUAAUUUAAAGUUAUGUACAGAUGUAUGUAGCACUAAUAUUCUCUGUUGCUAGCACAGAUCAUCUACAGGAUAAUAUAAAUAUUCAACAAAAAAAAAUUGUGGGGCAAUUUUACCUCAAAGAAAAUGAAUAUUCAUCACUGUGUAAUCACUUCUGAAUUUAGCAGGGGAUGGGAUGUCGCAGUGGUAUAUGCAGGACAUAUUAUUUCAUUACAAAUGUCAAAUGUCAAACUUGCGGUAAGCUGGUCAAAGGUCAAAUAUACAACAGGCCGGCUUACUAGUAAAUUCGAGAUGGUUGUAUGGGAGAGCAACCAGUCUGUGGGGCGACAUUGGUUAAGCCCAGGGCGAUAUAUGAUUAUGCCCCUACAACACAGACUGGACCCAGUGGGCCCAGGGCGAUAUAUGUUUUUAAGCCCUCCAGCCUCUGUAUUUUGAGGAGGAUGAUCACGUUGUAACAUCAUUGAUUAGUGCUUUGGUUUCUUUCAUAUGUGCUAUAAGUAAAUUAUCAUUGUAUCUUU